AUGUCGAUGUCUCCAGAGGAAAGGUUUGAUCUCAUCCGUGAGAACCUCGGGGAGGUGCUCAAUCCUGAACUGAUUGAGAGCAUUCUGAAGGAGGGUCGCAACCCUCGUAUCUACUGGGGUACCGCUACAACUGGCAGACCUCACUCUGGAUAUUUCGUCGCUGCUUUGAAAAUUGCCCAGCUUCUCGCGGCAGGAUGUGAGGUGGUUAUUCUUCUUGCCGAUGUGCACGCAUUCUUGGACUCCAUGAAGGCUCCCCUCGAGCUUGUCGAGAAUCGUGUCAAAUACUACGAGAAGGUCAUCCGAGCUAUCCUUGAGGCUGUCGGUGUCUCAACCGAUAAACUGGAAUUUGUUCUCGGCAGCUCGUACCAACGCAAUUCCGACUAUGUCAUGGAUGUCUACCGGCUGGCUGCGUUGACUUCCGAGCACGACUGCAGGAAGGCGGGCGCUGAGAUUGUCAAGCAAUCCACAAAUGCCCCCAUGAGUGGACUGCUCUACCCAAUUCUGCAAGUCCUUGACGAGGAGUACCUUAAGGUCGAUGCGGAGCUCGGAGGUCUUGAUCAGCGUAAGCUCUUUGUGGCUGCCACGGAAUGGCUUCCUAAGCUUGGUUACCGAAAGCGCGCUCACUUGAUCACGCCAAUGGUGGCAGGGUUGAGUGGAGGUAAGAUGAGUUCAAGUGUUGAGGAUAGCAAAAUCGACCUUCUCGACCCGCCAGAGGCUGUGGCCAAGAAGAUUCGCAAGUCAGAAGCGGCGCCAAAGAUUGUGGAAAACAACGGAAUCAUCGCCAUGGUGGAGUUCGUUCUGCUGCCCGCAGCCGGUCUUGCGGGUAAGAAGGAAUUCCGCGUUGAACGCCGGGAUGCCGAACCUUUGAUCUACACCGAUAUUCAACAACUCAAGGAAGAUUAUGCCAACGACAUCUUGACUCCCCAAUUCCUCAAGCCUGCAGCUGCCGAGGCUCUGACUCGUCUCAUGGCUCCUAUCUACGACGCCUACCAGGCCUCUCCAGAGUGGCAGGAGAUUACACUCAAGGCUUACCCACCCCCUGUUGUUCAGAAGAAGCAGAAGAAGGUCAAGGACAGAGGCACGCGUCGGCCCGGCGCUGCUCAGGAGCAGCAGCCUCAGCAAGAGCUCCCCGAGCGGCCCAAGGAACAGUCCACGGAGCAGUAG